ACAGUAAAGAGCUAAUCAUCAUGGCGCGCUCGAUUCUGUCCCGUAAGCGGGAUCUGAAUGUUAAAGGUCGCUCAAUUCUGUUCCGCAAGCGGGAUCUGCUGUAUCUGAUCUUCUUUUGCAUACAUUUGCCUGUUAUGUUUCUCGUUGAUCUGACGCCGCUGUACCCUGAGUCGAUGAAGCCCGUGUUCAUGAUGAGUCUGCGAAAGUACUACAUCGAUACCUACCAAGAUCAAUUCUUCAUUGCACCGCCGGCAUGGUUUCGGAUGUACAUGUGGAUGGAGCUCCUUUAUCACGCUCCGCUUUGCGUCUGGGCCAUCGGUGCCCUGAUGAGAAAUGACCCCAAAAUCCCUCUUCAGCUUCUUCUCUACGCCUGCCAGACUGGCAUGACUACCAUCACGUGUAUCGCCGACUAUCUCAGCUGGAAAUCGUUCUCAAGCAACCAGAAACUGCGUUUGGGUGCACUUUAUGUGCCCUACCUCGCUCUUUCGGUGUUUAUGGGCGUUGACAUGCUUGGAAGAUUGAACGAAAGGUUGAACGAGCAUUCAGCUAAAAGCAAGAAAUCCGGGAAAAAGGCGUAAGGAACGAGUAGAGUUCCUACCUUGAAACCUACGGCUUUGGCAACCGAAUUUUUCCAUCAGUGGUGGCUGAUAUCGGAAAUGAUGCCUGCCACUCCACUGAUAAAAGGUGCCAAGGUCUUUGGAGCUUGGUCAGCCUUACAUUCUUGUGCUCGGAUAGAACCACGGAAGAAAUGAUUGGGUAUAUUAUCGAAUCCACCUGAAACCCUGGCGAGAGAUUCAGCUUUUACAACAUAAACCUCUGCCUAUCACCCGGGCCACCUCUCUUCGGUCUAGAAAAUAACGAAAACCGCAUUGCUUCGGCCCCAAUCCGCAACCCCAGAAAGAUGACGUGUCCGAGCCUAUAGUUAAGGCGCAUCCUUAGCUAUCUGUGAAGCUGGGCGCGAGGAAUUGGACGCCGCUUGUCCUCCUAAAUUACUACUACCUAUGGAGGUAUAUAUGCUGCUAUCUAAAAGAACACG